AUGGCAUCCUACUACCACCCACCCCUCCAAAACGACCUCCUCCUCCGCACCGCCCGCGGCGCCAAAGUCUCCCGCCCGCCCAUCUGGGUCAUGCGACAAGCCGGACGCUACCUGCCCGAAUACCACGAAGCCAAGGGCAAGCGGGACUUUUUCGAAUGCUGUCGCGACCCCGAGAUCGCAUCGACCUUGACGCUCCAGCCGAUCGAUCGGUAUGAGGGGUUAAUAGACGCGGCGAUCAUCUUCUCGGAUAUCUUGGUGAUUCCGCAGGCGAUGGGGAUGGAGGUUGUGAUGGUCGAUGGGAAGGGGCCGCAUUUUCCGGAUCCGCUGGCGAGUCCGCGGGAUAAGCAGUACACCGAGGUGAUGGAGAAGCAGGUGGAUGUGGGCAAGGAGCUGGGGUACGUGUACCAGGCGAUUACGAUGACGAGGAAGAAGCUGGCGGGUCGCGUGCCGCUGUUCGGGUUCUGCGGGGCGCCGUUCACGCUGCUGUGUUAUAUGGUGGAGGGGGGAGGGAGCAGGACGUUCCAGGUGGUCAAGACGUGGGUGUACAAGUACAAUGCCGAGGCGAAGAAGCUGUUGCAGAAGAUUGCGGAGCUGUGUGUGGAGUAUUUGGCGCAGCAGGUUGUCGCGGGCGCGCAGAUUGUGCAGGUGUUUGAUAGUUGGGCUGGGGAGUUGUCGCCGGCGGUUUUUAGGGAUGUGGCGAUGCCGUAUCUGGAGUGGAUUUGUGAUCGGCUGCCGAAGAGGCUGGAGGAGUUGGGGGAGGAGAAGGUGCCGAUGGUCGUGUUUGCGAAGGGGGCGUGGUAUGCGUUGGAGGAUUUGUGUAAGACGGGGUAUGAUGUUAUUGGGCUGGACUGGUUGCAUGAUCCGAAGCAGGCGUAUGAGGUGGCGCAGAAGCAUGGCAAGGUGGUGCAGGGAAAUGCGGAUCCGGGUGUGCUGUACGGUGGGAGAGAAGCGAUCACUGAGUGCGUAAAGACCAUGGUCCAGGGGUUUGGAGGUGGGAAGCAAGGCUGGAUCGCGAAUCUUGGUCAUGGCGUAACACCCGGUGUCAAGCCCGACGAGCUCAAGUUCUUCUUCGAGGAGAUCCACAGACUAUCAGAUGAAUACCAAGAACGGGCUAUGCCCAAUGGCAAUGGCAUUGCCGCCGCCGAGCAACGCAUGCAUGAGAGGAAUAUUCUGCAUGCCGACUGGUAG